UGUGGGAUCCGGUUAAAUAGUGACGAACUUUCUUAAUGACCAUUGUUUUUUUUUAUUGCGUUUCAGCGUUUCUAACAAAGCCUCAAAUAGUUCUAUAAAAAAACAGCUGACAUUGACAGUGUCAUAAUCAUUGAUCAGGUUGUCAUUGUCAUUAAUUUCAAUUCGAUUUUUGGUUUCAUUCGUAUUGAAUGCGUAAUGAAAUCGUGAUUAAGUAUUUUUUUUACACACGCGCUUUAGGAAAAGGCUCACGCUGUUUACCCGGCUUUUCAAAUAUUAUUGCAAAAACAUGAUGGAAUACUGCCCUCCUAAUGUUACUUUGGGAGAAAUAUGGGUGGACCAUGGAAUUUCCCAAUGUUUUAUGGAAACUGUUUCUGCAGUGUUCAUUGGUGGAUUUCUACUCGUUUUUGGAUUAAUACAAGUCAUUAUGUAUAAAAGAUAUGCGACGGAGGUGGUAGACGUACGAUUCUCGCGACUGUUUUGUGUGCAGAUACUUUUUACGAUGUUCGUGCCGGUGUUAGCGGUGGCGAGGUUCCUAUUACAAGCAUUCGUGUUCAAAGGAGGACAGAUAUAUGGAUAUAUGAUUCUAGCAAUGGUAAUAACAGUAGUGAUGUUCCCACUAUCUGCAUACCUGGCUGUGUUGGAAAGGCGGUUUCUCCUGCCAUCCGUACCGCCAAGGGGCCACGGAUUUGUUCUACUGGUCUUCUGGGCGCUGAUCUUUGUGUCUGAGAACCUGUCCUUCCUGAAUUUGAAUAAGGAGGGGUGGUGGUGGCAUUUAAAAAAUCUGCAAGACCGUCUGGAGAUGUCUCUAUUCGUGGGCCGCUACGUGUCGUGCAUGAUCAUGUUCAUUCUUGGAAUGAAGGCGCCCGGUAUCAUGCAUCAGUUUGAGCACCUCGCUGAGGAUGACCAGCGAAGACUUAUCCCGCCUAGGGUCGAGAACCAGUCCACAUUCCGUAAUGUAUUCAGCAAGCUACGAACGCUCCUACCGUACUUGUGGCCGAAGAAGAGUUGCCUGUUGCAAUUUAAUGUGCUCUUCUGCAUUCUUUUGCUCAUCUCUGGCCGUGUGAUUAAUCUAUAUGUGCCUAUUUACAGUAAAUAUAUAGUGGAUAGUAUAUCAAUACCGCCGAUCCUAUACAGAUGGGACCUAGUGCUUAUCUACGUGUUCUUCAAGUUCUUGCAAGGCGGUGGCACGGGCGGUAUGGGCUUCAUUAAUAAUCUUCGGACGUUCUUAUGGAUUCGGGUGCAGCAGUACACGACUAGGGAGUUACAGUUGGAAUUAUUCAGGCAUCUCCACAGCCUACCGCUCCGCUGGCACUUAUCUCGCAAGACCGGCGAAGUACUGCGAGUCAUGGACCGAGGCACGGAUUCUAUAGACAACCUGCUUUCCUACAUCCUGUUUCAAAUCACGCCGACUAUUGUGGAUAUAGUUAUAGCUAUCGUGUACUUCGUGACCAUAUUUAAUGCCUGGUUCGGACUCAUCGUGUUUGUAACGAUGGCUCUUUACAUAUUUGCAACAAUCUGGGUAACGGAAUGGCGUACAAAGUACCAGCGUCGCAUGAAUCUCGCCGACAACGAACAGAAGGCCAAGUCAGUGGAUUCUCUACUGAACUACGAAACUGUCAAGUAUUAUGGCGCGGAGUCCUAUGAAGUUAUGAGCUAUGGGGAUGCUAUUCUUAAUUAUCAGAAAGAAGAGUUCAGAAAUUUAUUGACAUUGAAUAUCUUGAAUACUGUGCAAAAUAUCAUCAUCAGUGGAGGUCUGCUAACGGGGUCCCUGCUAUGUAUAUCGAUGGUGGUCAACACUAAAGUGCUGACGGUUGGUGACUACGUGCUUUUCGCCUCCUACAUCAUUCAGCUGUAUAUUCCACUCAACUGGUUCGGGACUUAUUACAGAGCAAUUCAAAAGAAUUUCGUAGACAUGGAGAACAUGUUCGACCUGCUCCGAGUGGAUUCCGACGUCGUGGACGCACCUGGAGCUCCUGAACUACUAGUUCGACGGGGCGGCGUCGAGUUUAAACACGUUUCGUUUGGAUACGGGCCGGAGAGGCUCGUGUUGAAGAAUGUUACGUUCAAGGUGGCUCCAGGAAGCACUGUAGCUUUAGUUGGCCCCAGCGGCGCCGGCAAAUCGACAGUGAUGCGUCUCCUAUUCCGCUUCUACGACGUGAACGAGGGCGCCGUGCUGGUGGACGGGCAGGACGUGCGCACGGUGACGCAGGCCUCGCUGCGCGCCAACAUCGGCGUGGUGCCGCAGGACACGGUGCUGUUCAACAACACGGUCCGGUACAACAUCCAAUACGGGAACCUGAAAGCUCCUUCGGCAGAUGUCAUCUCGGCAGCCAAGAACGCUGAUAUCCACGAUAGGAUACUCACGUUCCCAGAUGCAUAUGAUACGCAGGUCGGAGAAAGAGGUCUUCGUCUAAGUGGAGGAGAGAAGCAGAGGAUAGCCAUCGCCCGAACAAUCCUGAAGGAUCCUGCAAUCGUCCUGUUGGACGAAGCCACGUCCGCCCUAGAUACUAACACUGAGAGGAAUAUUCAAGCGGCUCUAGCGAGAGUCUGCGCCAACAGAACGACCCUCAUCAUCGCCCAUAGACUAUCCACCAUCAUCCACGCGGAUGAGAUACUGGUCCUCAAGGAGGGAGAAAUUAUUGAAAGAGGAAACCACGAAGCCCUCUUAGCACAAGGCGGCGUCUACGCCUCCAUGUGGCAGGCGCAGCUCGAAAACCGAAACACCAACGGCAACGGCGUCCAAGAGGAAGAAGGCAACAACAACGACCAGAGGCCGCAGCUGCCGCCCAACGGCGCCUUUGGACACGGCCAUGGUCAUUUAUAGAUGAGUACACUUGACUGACUACUGGUAGGCGUUAAGUCGUUGCAAUAAGGCUUAUAAUAGGUUGAUGAAAAUGUUUAGCUAAUCCAUGAGCUGUAAAAAUGUCCUUCGGGUUUGUGUGAAAUUGUAUCUUAUUACCAUUAAGCUAUUAAGCUUCCGCCUCUCUCGGAAAAACAGGUUUCUUUAUUGGUAAUAAAAUUUGUGUCGUCGUUAUUUCGAAAAACACAAAGGAUAUUUUUCAGCAUUGAUUAUAAACGAGUAUAAUAAACAAUAUCAACAUUUUCUUUAGUCAACUGUACAGAAGCAAAGGUGCUAGGCUCAGUGUUGGCUCAUAUGAUCAAAUACAGUAACAGUUUUUAUUUAAGAUUGAAAUCUGCUAAAUUGGUAACAAAAACGAUAAUAAAAUGUAAUAAUACAUUAUUAAUAUGGGCGUGGCUUUAUCAGUAGAUAAACGGAAUAUUUUAUUUCGAUUUUUACGAUCAUUUUAUUAUUAAAUGAUUGACUAUAUCUCGAAAACCAUACAUAUAUUUUUAAUAGUAUACUGGUAUGGUCCAACGCAAGUAAUAUUUGUAUAUUUGGUACGUUAGAGAUAAUACUAACAACAAUUACGCUAACAUAUCGGGCGGUGGUGGUGAUAUUCUAUGCCAAUCAACGAAGUUCCGUUAUCUAGCAAAAUAAAGUUUGCUGUAUAAUUUUGUUUUAUUGGCUUUAUACAUUUUUUGUACUCUCCCCUUUUGAUAAAUUUUGUACAAGACUCUUUUGUGGUCACACUCUGUUUGAUAUAUUGUGAUAUAUUAACGCAUUCGCUGUAAACGAAGCUUCUAAAUCACUUGACGAAUUGCGAAUUAAGGUCAUCUACUGAAGUCGAUUCUGCGUCGAUAAAUGCGAUAACACCCUAAGGCUCACUUGCACCAUCCCACUAACCCGGGGUUAACCGGUUAACCGCUAACCCAGUGUCAAAUUGUACUGGUAACCACGGUUCCUCCAGGUUUAACCGGUUAACGCCGGAUUAGCAAUUGGUGCAAGUGGCUCUAAGACUAGUAUAAAAGACUUAUACUGAAUGGGUCAUGUACAAAAAACAGUGUUGAACAGGUACCAAUUGGAUAAAAAUAUAUGUCUAUAAUACCGACUGCAAACAUUAAUGGAAAGUGUAUUUUCGGACCAGACUUCGUUGAGUGGUCUGCAGGUUAGCUGUAAAGGAUAAGUCAAGAUAUAAAAUUUAAGGAAUGUACUGAGUGAGUAUGCUCUUUUAUAUCGAGUUAUUAACAUUGAUAGAAGACGCGUUUCGUGAACUUGUGAUAGUUUAGUGUAAUAGACAAUUCUUAUGAUUCAAUUAUGUCAAACAAGCCUGUUUGAAAAUCCUAUUCUUAUAUGAAAUUUAUGUUUUAAUACCUUUAAUUAUGUUAUUAUCACCAUUAUAGUGCAAAAUUAUAAACAAUAUAGAUGAAUUUAAAGUUAGCGCUUCACAGUAGUACCUGGUACCUGAUUUUUUACAAAUAAAUAACAUUCAAUGGAUUUUGCCAAAUUAAUUUAAAUAAAAACUUUUUAUUUUCUCAAAAUGAGAUGUUAUACUGAUAUAGUGCAUAAUUGUUUUCCAUCGUAAUUUCUCAGAAACGUUCUUAUUUGGCAUUCUACUUCAGUCAAUCUCAGUACUUUUUGAACGGAGGCUGACUGAAAUAGCAAGACACGUUCGUACGUUUCAGUGAAAAUACGAUGCAAAAUAAUUAUGCACUACAUCUGUACCUACUGGAUGUACCUACCAAAGACGAGUCGUUUCAAAUAUUUAAAAUCCAUAAUUUUGCAUGGUAUAAAAGUUUCUACCCGGUUGCCAACAAAGCUUCCGACCAAGGUGAGCUUCCUGGUUUGAAACCAAGUUCAGGGUAAUCUCGGAGCGUCGGACGCUUGGUUGGCCACCAAGUAGCACGGCUCUUUGAACGCCACGCGUAUUAUAUACAACGCGCCAUUGUAAACCUUAUCGUAAUGCUCGAAGGUUGUUAUUUUACUGUUAACGAGCGCAUCAGUUGACAUCUUUGGCAGUCAAAGGGCUAAACAAUGAUACAGGGAGAGAAUUUCUCACGUACAAGGUGUCUUUAGGUGUAACCAAACUUCUCAAAAAAGGCCUAUAAACUAUGGUCGGUAUGGUGGUAUCAUUUGUCACCAUGCUUGUCACGUUCUAACAAGUAAGUAAGUGUGAAAGGGACGCAUGGCAUGACAGGUUAUAAAAUGCGACCAUGAUACCGCUGCUGUAUAGAAAGAUGCAUACCUACCCUACCUCUCUCCCUGGCAGAAUGUUUAAGAUUGAACGUAUAUAAAAUACAGUAAAUGGGAAGUGAGAUAAAUUACUAAUAAUGUAGGUAUCGAAUAAUGUUUAUUGUGCCUAGUAUUAUUACCUACAAUCAAAAUGAUAUGCGAAAUUGUAAGUGCAAGAUCGGUGUGAUUAAAUGUUUUCUUUUGUUUUUAUUA